CCAGACGCAGCAACAGAGGCUGCUUCUCAGCUCGACAAUUUGUGCCCCCCUCUAAAUCAAAACGAAGCAACCUUAGACUACCUGUGGUCAGUGUGGACUCUGCUGCUUGAUAUAGCUAGGAGUCAAGAUGUGACAAGUGAGAUACACACACGUCUCGUGAAUAUUCUUGAGAUGCUGUGGCAACAUGCAAAAUGA